AUGGACCUGCGCACCAAAGGCCAGAGUCGGGGCAGCCAGGCAGUGACGGUGGUUCAGAUCGAGUCUGUGUACCUUGUGGGUUACAGUUUCCAUCCUGCUGUCUUCCUUUUGUGCCAGGGCCAUGUGGAAGAGCUGUGGGGCCUGGCCACACACCCCAGCCGGGCACAGUUUGUGACCUGUGGGCAGGAUAAGCUGGUGCAUCUGUGGAGUUUGGAGUCCCACCAGCCCCUGUGGAGUAGGAUCAUUGAGGACCCUGCAUGCUCUGCCAGCUUCCACCCCAAUGGUUCUGUCCUGGCUGUGGGCACAGUGACUGGCAGAUGGCUGCUGCUGGACACGGAGACCCAUGACCUGGUGGCUAUCCAUACAGACGGCAAUGAACAGAUCUCAGUGGUCAGCUUCUCCCCAGACGGGGCGUACCUGGCCGUGGGCUCCCACGACAACUUGGUGUACGUGUACACGGUGGACCAGGGCGGCCGCAAGGUCAGCCGACUGGGCAAGUGCUUGGGCCACUCUAGUUUUAUAACUCACCUGGACUGGGCCCAGGACAGCAGCUGCUUUGUCACCAACUCUGGGGACUACGAGAUUCUGUACUGGGACCCGGCCACCUGUAAGCAGAUCACCAGUGCAGAUGCUGUGAGGAAUGUGGAAUGGGCCACAGCUACUUGUGUCCUGGGGUUUGGGGUGUUUGGGAUCUGGCCUGAGGGGGCUGAUGGUACUGAUAUCAACGCCGUGGCCCGCUCCCACGAUGGGAAGUUACUGGUUUCAGCUGAUGAUUUUGGCAAAGUCCACCUGUUUAGCUACCCCUGCUGUCAGCCUCGAGCCCUUGGCCACAAAUAUGGUGGACACAGCAGCCACGUGACAAAUGUGGCCUUCUUGUGGGAUGACAGCAUCGUCCUGACCACGGGGGGCAAAGACACCAGCGUGCUGCAGUGGCGGGUGGUCUGAAGCAGGGUUCCCAGGGACACAGGGCCAGGGUAGAGUCAGGUGAAAGGGCAGGAAUUCUAUUUUCGGGAGAUGUCUAUUGCCGAGUAGAGUAAUAUAUACCCAGAUUAUGUCUAUAGCAGAGGGGGUUAUUAGGGUGGGAGGUGGGCUGACAGAAUCUCUAUUUAUCGGGGUAGGAAGAGGGGUCACAUUGCUUUGGGGGAGCCAUUGGUGUUUGGUUUGGGGUGUUUUUUUAAGUUUAUUCUUUUAUAUCAUCCAGAAAUAAAAACAUGCGCACUGA